AGCUCAGUCGAGAUAUAAGAGGAAAAUAUUAGAGACAGUUUUGCCUUCUGGAUAAAUUGAUAACUCUCAAAAUAAAUGAUUUAUUCAAAGAUGUUGUAUCAGCGUUGUGUCUACACGGGAUAAAAGUUUCCUGAUCGUAUAUACUUUGAAAGUGUUACUUUAACAUAAAGGCUAGACGGUGUCGUUGUAUUCUACGGGUAUUGUAUGUUAAUUGAAGCUAUCGAAUUAGUCAAAUAAGAAAUUAGAUGAAAAUUAAACAGUCAAUAUUGUGUGAUAUGAAACGGUAGUGGAAUACAAAAGACCUAUUUGCGCCGUGAAUGUUAUAUGAUAAAACGAGCAAUAUUAGACAAAUAGCAAGUGAGCAUUAAAGUGUUCACGGGGUCUGUUUGGAGUGUUUGUUAAGAGCGAAAGGAAUAAAAGAGAUGAACGAUAUGGGAGAUGAUAGUUAUUAAAUAGUUUCACAUUUAAUGUUUAUUUCAUCCGCGGUACGCAGACGAAAUGUUAUAGUGUUGCAUGUGUAUAGGAUAUAUUUCACCGUUAAGUCCAUUUUCAAUCAGCAAAAAGAGCAUCAAUAAGUAUUUCUUUGGGAGGAACAAUAUUGGAAAUAGAAGUUUAGUGUUUAUUGUCUUACACAUUUUUUUCACAUAUUCUGGUAAUUAACAUACAACUGAAGUUGUUACCAUAUUUUCAUUUGAAGUCACUGUGAAGAGAUUGUGACUCCGGAAUAUACUUUUUUCAGUGUUUUGGAAUAAGUGCAUGGAAUAUCGGUUAUAAUGGAUCUACUUUUAUUUUGAUGCCGAAUGAAAGAUGAGCCUAGUCAAUUAAAAUGCCCCCGCGUGCUUGUCGGCUGCUGAUAUGGAUAACGACGUUUUGUUCAUUCGUCGUCGUCGGCACGGCAGACCGAGACUGUGACGUCACAUACAGCAGCCGAACAACUAAAGGAGCAAAAUUUGCCUCCCCAAAUUGGCCACAGGCUUACCCAAAUAACAAACGCUGUGUUUACAAAUUCGUUGGGCUUUCCAGUGAAAGAGUCAAAAUCAGAUUUAACAAGUUCAACCUGCAAGGAAUGUCACCAGAUUGCCGGAACGAUUAUAUAGACGUGUAUAUACAAUUAACCAGCCCAAACGACGCACUGCUUGACGCCGAACUGCUAGGCCGGUUUUGCGGUGACGACAUGCAGGAGGAUCUACCACAGCUGAUUAUUUCGACAAAUAACGUUAUAGUUAUCAUCUUCUUUUCUGACGGCACUAAAACUGACGAAGGCUUUCAGGGAUAUUUUGAAUUCAUUGAUGCUUCCAUUUAUAAUGUAGGGGCACUGGUAACGCCUGGUGGCUGCAGUUACACUAUCAACAGUAAAGAACGAAAUAAGGGCUACAUCGUCUCCCCAACUUACCCCGGCACAUAUCCAAACAACCUUCAUUGCACUUAUGAAUUUCAUGGAAUACCAGGACAAAGAAUAAAACUCACCUUCAACGAUUUUUCAAUUUUCCAUGGAGACGAUUAUUGCCCUUUUGAUUAUGUUAAAAUUAAAGACGGGCGACAACAAACUUAUGCCGAAGACAUUGGCGUUUUUUGUGGAAAAUACACUGACGUCACUUUGUUUUCGUCCAGAGAGUUUUUAUUCGUAGAAUUUGUGACUAGAAGUGGGCGUGUUAGUUUCGAUGAAAAUUCAUUGGAUGAUAUUGCUGACUAUAAGUUUGAUAGAAGUGGAUUUAACAUAUCAUAUGAAUUUAGUACCGAAUUCAUACGUUUUGAUUUACGCAUAACGAAAGAGGCUACACAUGUUACAGGAACCGAAUGUGAUGUUCGGAUAAUAAGUACGGGGGGUUCCGUUGGGACCAUCGAAUCACCGGGCUACCCGGGUGAAUUCCCUAAAAAUACCACGUGUAAAUGUUAUCUUGAUGGCGAAAUGAACCAGGGUCGCUUAGAAAAGGUGAACGUCGUAUUCAAAGAUUUCUUCAUAUCAGGUUCUAUACAAAACUGCAAAGAGGGUUUCCUUGGCGUCACAUACGAAGGUCACCGAAGAUCUACGGAAAUUGACGAAAAGUUUUGCGGUCAUCUAUGGCCACCCGAGCUGACGAGCCGAGAUCCUAGAAUGAUCCUCACGUUUGAUACGCACGGUGCUUCAAAAGCACGAUUUAUGUUACAGUACGAGUUCUUGUCCGAUUAUGCCAUACCCGGAAGACCAAUAGGACAAGAGGGCGAAUGCAACUUCCUGUUUGAAAGCAAGCGUUCGCAUUCAGGAACAUUUAACUCGCCACGUCAUCCUGACAACUAUCCGCCAAAUAUAGAAUGUGUAUAUAUAUUUCAACCAGAGUCCAGAAACGAAAAAUUGCUCAUUUCAUUCGACAUGUUUUCACUCAACCCAUCAGCGGACCCCUCACCUGAACAAAGUAGAGAUCCACAUAGCCGAAAGUGCCUAAAUACUACAGAUUUCCUCGAACUCUACGAGAUAAACGAGGCAGACCUAUCAGAAAAUCGCUAUUACGCGGUCAGUAUAUAUUGCGGGACCAAAUAUCCAGCACCAAUUUUAGCUCAUAGAGAGAUCAAGUUCAGAUUCAAGGCCAUGAAAAAUAACAGCUUUCAGGGAUUUAAAGCUAGGUACGAGUUUGUGCCAAAAUCCGAAUUACAAAAAGGUUGUGGCAUUAGUGAAAUAUUGAGUGACGGUAAGGGCGGCGUUAUCACAAGCCCGCGGUUCCCUCAGAAGUACGAAAGUAGAACAUAUUGUGAAUGGAAAAUAACAGCAAGUAGACCACAAAAUAAAAUAAUGAUCCAGCUUGAAACUUUUAAAAUUGAAGGAAAGAUGGUUAGAGAUGGAGGUCAAGGUUGUAAAAAUGCAGUUUUGAGAGUGCAGAAGGGCAAGGAGAUGAGCGAAAUAUGCGGCACAUUUAACGACAGUGAGCUUUCUAAAACUGCGAUCACGUCCGAUGGUGAUACGGAAGUUAUACAAUUUCUGACCUCCAGUGCAGCACUUGGUUUCAAGGGAUUUAAACUGACAUGGACCGAGCUACAUAUUUCAGGUGGACCUUGUUACGGCUUCAAGUGUCAGACAACCGGACAUUGUAUUUCACCUGACCUGAAAUGUAAUCAAUUGCCAAAUUGUGGUCCUGUAGACAAAUCCGACGAAAUAUGUCGGCCUUUGGCUAGCAGUCAUGGUCCGACGCCGGAGAAAGUGCAAGUUGUUCACAUUGUUAUUGGUACCUCAAUAUCUGUGUUCUUUUGUGUAGUUUUACUUAUCUGUGGAGUGUACCAUAGGAAAAAAUUCCGACCACGUGAUCGCCACUCUCCGGAAACUGAUAAUGUGGAGGUGCGUUAUGUAGCCGCCACUUCCGGAAGUAACACAACUGACAGAUUGCUCACUAUUGACAAAUCAGAAUCAAAUAGAUCUUCCGUACAGACUCCUGAAAAGACAGAAAUUGCUCGUGAUCACACUGGUCACAAUGCAGAAGUGAAAAAAGUAUUUAAUGAACAUGAAAACGGUCCGGGUGACCAGAAUUCAUUGAGACAUAAUCAUACUGUAAUUUCUCAGGAGAAACCAUCCACAUCUACGAACCCCCGUCCUGUGACUGCUCCAAAAAUUCAAAAAGUUUCGAUAGUUUGAUAAAAAUAAUUGUAGGAUUUUUCAAAUUUCAAUGAUGCUAAGUAAAUGCACGAGAAAAAUGUGCUUGACUUUUACGUGCAUGUUAUCGUAGUGCUACCCGGUGAAAAAAAAGACAGUUGCGUAAUGAAUUUGUAGCAAACGACGAAAAAGAUACAUAAAGGAAAGAGGGCGUUGACGCUACAAAAUGGCCAAAUCCUUCAAGAUGCAAGAACGAAAACCAUCUUAGCAGAAUUGCGACAGUGACAAUACAGUGAGGUAUUAGAUUUGUUAACCAUUACGGUGAGGAGUAGUUUUAUCCAAUCGAAAACUCGCAUUUGUUCACAGAUACCCAUUCCAUGUUAAGCCAUUCUCGGAAAUAGUAUCGUCUGCCCGAUUUUCACGUACCGCGAUCAAAUAUCCCAGAUGAUCCCUUUUAUAGUCACUUUGACUCGGACUACGUCACAUCUUAAAUAAGUUUGAAAUGAUGGCGUUUUAAAUGAUGUAAUAAUUUUAUAGAUUCUAAAUCUAACAUCAACAGAUCAUUGUAAAUAAUCAGCAUUGGCAGUAAAGUGUGAAUCAUUUUAUGAAGAUAUUAUAUCGACAAAGGUCGGGGUAGUUUUCUUGAUAAUUAUUAUUGAAUUAACUGUGAUUAUUAAGUUAUUACAUGUAAAAUGUACAUUCGUCAUAACAUUGAUAUGAGGGAAAAGGAGGUUCAUACAUUUGUUAUAAAAUGCUCGUUUAACUCAGUUGGUCAGAGCGUUUUUGUACUGAUAGCAAUAGAUGUUCAUCAUUUUGCUUAUUUUAUUAAGUUAGCUAUGUGUGGGUCAUAACAUGGCAGUUUGCGUUUGACACAGGUUAAGUCAAUACAGAAAUAAACAUGUAAUCAUCAACAGAUAUUAUCACAAUAUGUGUAUUAUAACACUGUUUGGUCUUUUAAUUUACAGGUUAUGUUUUCUUCUGAUGUGUGAAAUUAAGGUCUUGAAAUUCAGUUGUCGCCGACAUGUAUUGAAUUGUAAUACUUUUACUUUUGUCUUGCAAUGAAUGUAUUACCAUAAUUCAAGAGCAAACAUAGCUCUUGAUAUAUUGCCGGACUGCUCGACAAUUUGCAAAUGUAUUUGCUAUUUUGUAGUCUACUUUUUAUAUCUCCGACAUAUGCAUAAUAAGUCGAACAAAAUUCGAUAUGUUAAAUUAAUUCAGAACUAUAAACAGGUCUAUAAUAUCUUUAUGAAAUACAUUGUUUUGAUAGAUAUAUGUUCUUUACAUUGAAUAUAAACAGUGUUUAAGCAAUUUACAAGUUGAAUACUACUUUUAGACAUGUACAGUUUAAAAUUACCACAAGCGCUUAAGAACGUUUCAUGUUCGCUUAGUGCCAGUGUGAACUUCACAAAAACUGUAUAACUUGAUAACGGCUUGUCUUGCUGAGUAGUAUAGAACCAUGCAUUUUGUCAUACAUUAAAGCUGUCAUAGGUCAUAAAUUGAAAAUUGACAGUUCAACUGUUGAACAUAAAGUAUCUAAUUUUUACAUCGAAUUGUAGGGUCAAGUGUGUGUUGUGAUUUCUUCGUUUGUGAACGUGAUAACUAAUUCAUACUUAUAUCAAUGAAGGUUGUUCCCUUGCUCUGGAUUGUCCAUAUUUUGAAUAAAUCCAAUUUACUCGGAGCAGUUUGGACAGGACUGUACACCGCUGGGGAUAGUUAUUGCAAAACCACUGAAUCACUAUCAAAUUUGUUAUUCUGUUGCAGUUACUAACAAAAUAAACCUUUUCUAAAUUUCCAACAAUUUGCAAUACGUUUCAAGGUCUAAGGUCACUGACAAUUAUCCACAACAAAUUUUGAAGAAAUCUGAGAUCGACAUAGUCGCUCUGGACCUCCUGCUGUAGAGAGUGUUUGCGUUCAUAUUUCAUUAAAAAAAAAGAAUUUAUUUUAAAAAGGCCAUAUGCUUCUUUAAUAUAAAUCAUCUUGUUUGAACAGGAUAUGUUACAUAUAUUUAAACAGCUUUGCAUAUGCGAUGUGUUCAGAUAUGUCCGGUAUAAUUCUCAUAUAGUUUUUGUAUUUUUUCUCUUUUUUUCUCUUUUGUUUCUAAAGGAAGAGUGCUCUAGACAGUUUAUUCCUAUCCUUCCAUAAUUGCAGAAAUUUUUGCUGUAUUAUCUAAGGUAACAUAAAAAGGUUUUUAUAUUACCUGCGCAAAGAUUAAUGGUCACGGUUUUAAUUUCCACCAGAACUACUUCUUUUGUUCAUUUGUAUCUAAAGAAUAAACAGCUCGGUAUUGAUUUAACAUGUCUGGAAGAAUCGGACAUUAUCAAAAUUAUUCAUAGCAAAAAAUGCAAAAUGCAAAGCACCAAGAUCGUAUAUCUUAAAUUAGCUUAAAUUUGCAGAGUGUCAUUCUAUUCAUUACAAAUUGAAAUACAUAAUUUAAAACAAAUUGAAAUAUAUACAUUAAAACAAAUUGAAAAACAUGCUUUAACAUUUAGCCUCCUGGCGGCAAAUGAUCCUGCCUUUGCAACUAGUGCAGACCAAGAUCAGCCUGCACGUCCGUGCAUGCUGAUCAUGGUCUGCACUGUUCGCUAUUCAGUCAGUGAAUUUUCAGUCAUCACCCCUUUGAAUAAUAAGUGGUACUGCCCAAAUUGAAGGGUGGACCAGUCCAUUUAAGAAAUUUAGCACGCUAAAGGUUAAAAUACAUGUACCUUCUAUAAUUUCACUAUUAUUGCUCAUUUAUUUAUCAAAGGGAAUGGCAAGAUUGUUUGAAUGUUUAUUAGUCUGCUUGGCCGUCAAAAUCCUUAAAAGCAGGGAAAUAUUUUUGAAAACUAAAAAUGACAAAGUUAUGUUGUUUUUUUUUUAGAUAUAUUUGACGUCAGUUCGUUUCCAUUGCAAAAGUAAAAUGUAGUAAAUUCAUUUUAUUUUAUAUCUACAUUUAAACGAUAUUUAGUUAAUUCUGUAUUAAUUCUAGGACAAUCUAGGACACAAUAUAAUAUAAUGGUUAUUAAUUUAUGCAAGGGCAUUUGCUACAUUGAAAACAGAACAUUUAGCAAAUUUUUAAUGACGAUAGACCUGUCUUGGUUAACUGCUUUAAUUUAACUCCAUCUGUAUGUUGGUUUGAUUGUGAAGUUGUGAAUGGUUAAAAUAAACUAACUGUUAUGCACAACUUCCCUCAGUUUCGUCUGUUGUAUGAUUCACGAAAUUGCGUAUUUAGAUUUAAAUUUAUCAUAGUAGUAUAAAACUUUGUAAGAUAAAUGGUGCAAUUAUUUAUAAAACUGUUUCAUGUUUAGUAAGUUGUAGGAUCUUUUAAGACAAAAGGAAAGUAAUAAACUAUGUAAGAUUUACUUUUAAGCUCUAGGAAAAAAUAUUUACAAGUAGAUGUGGUAGAUUAUUCUUGUUCCAUAAACUUAGUUAGGAUUUUAGUACGCUUUUUGUGUUGCCUUUUGUUAAAUAUUUUGUUAUUCCGAUUCAUUUGACAAUAAAUACAAAGCCACUAACACCUGGGGUAUUCCUGUACCAUUAUCGUUUUGUUACAUAACUGUUUGAACUUUGGAUGAUCGAUUAAGGACCAUUUAUUUUUUUGUUAUGUUUCCGUUUUAAUGUUCUAUUUCUUUUUUUUUCUUGUUUUUCUUUUUGUUUUCAAAACGGUAUGUUGUAAUUUCAUUACAUUUUCCUGUGACGAAAGUACCUGAAGGCCAAACUAUUUUGUGACAGUUUCUUUCUUAUCAGUAGUAUACAUAUUAAUGGCCAUUAGACAUGAAACAGAUCAUGUUAUAAUUGCAUCAUUUCUUCGAUGGUGCCUUUAUACAUCAUGUAUAUACAUCAUGUGUAAAUAUUCACUGCUACAUUUUAUACGAACAUAAUGUUUUCAUUAAUAAUAUUAUGUAUAUAUCGUUUUUGUCACUGACAUAAUUUGAUUAUCGCUUUAAAUUCAUCUUCUCUUUACAUUUUUGUAAAUAAAAUUGGAAUAGGAAUGCAUUACCUGGGUCGGUCGAUAAGAGAACAUGUUUUAAGGACAUUGUCACUUAAUAAUAACAUACUAGAUUGUUUAAAAUGAUUUAAACUGUUUGCUUUUUUUUUUUGGUGUUCAUGCAAAAACUAGAAACGAAUAUAUCGUUAUUAAGUUUUCAAUCUAAGAUACAUCUCAAAAAAUAUAUUUGUGUUGUCAUGACAAUCAAAAUUCCAAAGCAACAAUACACCGUGUGACGACAGGGCUUUAUAGCAAAUGAAAUGAGAAAAUAAAUGUAUCUUUCAACAUGUUUUCGAAAAGUCUACAAAUAUUCAAAUUUAUUGUAUUAUUGAAAGCGAUUUGCAAAAUUUCUUGUAUAAAUGGCAUGUAGUAAACAACGGCGACGUCAGAAUUAAAUUAUCUUAGAUCUUCAGAUAGUGAGGACAACUUCUUCACUUUUUCAAAUUAUGAAGUUAAUAGAAUGGUCUUCAAAAAUAUUCUGUUAUCCUAAUUUUGGUUGCAAGUUUUGUCGUGAUGGAACGAUCUACAUGCUAAACGUCCCUUGCUGUCAAAAAUAAUCCUCAUGCAACCUUAUUACAUAUACAUUAAGGUUGCUGUCCAAAAAACUAAUCUUUUAGAAGACAGUUACAGGCAAAUGUGGCGAGGAAAUUAUGCAACAUUGAAUGCGAUACCAUUAUUGUUUGUAAUUAUUACUGGUUCUUAUAAAAAUGAUGAAUGGUUAAAGGUUUUGCAAGAACACGAGUUGUUUGACUGUGUUACAUGGUGAUAGUGAAAUAAAGAUAACACUUUCUUUACAGGCAAAUGUAGGAGUGAACUUGUAUUACUAGUUUUUUUGAAUUUGCUGUUCUUGUUUUGCGACGGAUAUUAUAUUAUCUAAUUUUACAGAAAAUAUCUAAGGCUGUAUGAAGAGAGUGCAUUGUCUGAUUGAGUUGCAUUAUUUUAAUUAGAUUGUCACGAAGCCUUAGCGAGAUAAAAUGUAUUGUCCGAAUGAAAAUAUUUUACUAAACUUUUGAUUAAAUGUAUACAUUUUGAUAUAUAAAAUUGUUUCAAAAAUGUAUUUUAAACAAGGAGCUUUGGGUAAAAGUCAAACUGUCCAAUUCGAUUUAUUAGUAACUGUAAGUGAAAAUAAUGUGAAACGAAAGUAAGUGUGUUACUUCUGGAAGUACAUGUUAUUAUUUUAAAAACAAUCGUGUGAUCUAUGAAAUAAGUUGUAAACAUGUCGCUACUGCAUUAGACACACAGUAAAACGUGCUGUUAAACAGCUUACGCCAAACACUGACUUGAAUAAUAUUGUUGUUUCAUUUUUUUUUAAAUAUUUUGUAAACUUUGCUAUAUGAUUUCACCAUUUUGAAAUUUUGAAGUUUAGAUGUAAAUAUGAAGGAAUGGCUUUCUGAUAUUAGGAAAUUAUUUAUUUACUCAGUCAUGUCUUUACAUUCUAGCUUUAUCCACUCUUGCGUUAUACUUUCAUUCUUGUCACGUGAUUUGAUAUAAGUGCUUAGUGUACUGUUAUUGCGUUUUAGAUAUUUAUUAUGAAAUAGAACUGUUGUAAGAUGUGUAGAUUUAUAACAAAAUGGAAUAAAUAAACAUAUCAAAAUAUA